GCGGGACCGGGGAUCAAGGCGGGCAGCACCCAGCCGGGCCAGCACUGCCGGGCCAGCACUGCCGGGCCGCUUGGGGGGCGACUGCGCUGCGGGCAAAGGGCUGCGUGCACGAGGAGGGCUGGGGAUGUGGGUGGGGAUGGGUGUCCAGGAGGCACGGGGGGGGCAGAUGGAGUCAGCUGGGGGCAGUGAGGGUUUGGCGUACAGGGCUCUGGGCAUAGAGGAUUCGGUGGAGUGUGGGAAUGGGGAGGAAUUUAGAACGUGGGGGGGACAUCAAGGCUUAGAGAGCAGCUGGAUGCAAUAGGGGGGAUGUCGCUGGGGGCUCUGUGGAUUUGGUGGGGCAUGGGGGUUAUGGAGGAGCUCAGUACAUGGGAAGUAAUUCAGGGCAUGGAAGGGAAACCACAGCGCAAGGGGCAGGUGAAUAUAGUGAGGCUUUGGGGCAUGGAGCUGGGGGUAUGGGAACCUUGGGCGCAGCAGACUCACUGGGACAAAGAAAAGUGACAUGGCACAGGGAACAUGGGAUAGUUCAGGGCACGGGUUUGAGGAGAUGGGGGUCCCAAUGCCACGCAGCAGCCUGAGGGUUUUUCCCUUCCCGUCCCCUUGCAGGGACGGCAGCUCUGCUGAGCCCACGCUAUGGUGCAGGUCAUCGUCUCCAGUGCUGGUGCAGGCGGCCUGGAGCACUGGGUGCUGGUAGAGCUGCAGGGAGAGGUGGAGCCACGCGGUGGCGGUGCGCUGCCUGGGAGUCUGCUGGGAGACCUGCACUAUACCCGUGAGGGUGUCCCCGUGCUCAUUGUGGGCCACCACAUCCUCUACGGGAAGGUGGUACAGCUGGAGAAGCCCUUUGCUGUCCUGAUGAAGCAGGCAGCCAACCCUGCAGGGACACACUACACUGUCACUGCCCUCAUCAAGACCAAGCUGCUCUUCAAAACGCGGCCCAAGCCCAUCAUCACUAACGUGCCAAAGAAGGUGUGAGGACACAGACCUGCUGCCACGGGAGCAAUGAUGUCCCCUUGCUGUGACACUGCUUAGGACAGCUGGGACAUGAACUCAGCGCCCACCUUAGGCAAGGUGCAUCCUGCAGGGCCAGGCUGUGCCUCCACCAGGGACUGCACGUGACUGCCACCAGCACCGCCUCAAGCACCAGAACUCAGCUAUGCAGCCGUGUACAUCGUGCUGCCAGCUCUGCCUGUCCUCCUGCCUGUGCCAGGAUGGCUUGGGCUCACUCUCAAGCUGGCUGCCACCCCAUGUUCUUUCCUAAAGUCACCCCUGCAGCCAGCAGAGCUGCAGACAGGGUCUGCCUCCUCUGUUUUAGCACCUUCCCCCAAGUCUCCCCAAACCUGAGAGCCCAUGUGGAGUUGGGCAGGGACGACACACCAUCUUUUCUCUGUGCAAGUCUUUAUUGUGUCAAAUCCACCAGGAUAUAAAAAACAGACCUCUCAAAAUAUGAAAAAAAAUAUGGGUUAAAAAAUAAAUAGAUUUACAAACAAUCGGCAAUAAAGUGUAAAUACGAAAAGA